AUGUCAGACGGGUCGCGGACCAAAAGCGUCACGGGCUUCCGUACCCGCGGCGUGCAAUUAGGCGCGAAGAUCCCCUUAUUCACGGCUGCAUUCCCGUCGCAAUGUCGUAAUGGAACGUGGCGGCCGGCCAAGGGCCUUGGCGCCGGCGGCGUCCCGCAUUUACGGGCGGCGCGUACCAGCCGCGAAACGAAACCAAUUAAAAGCGGCAACGUCACGCUCGAAUUGAGAUCCGCGGGUUUAUCGCGACGACGGAUAAGAGAUAUUCGGAUAACUGAUCCAAUUGUGUGUACUAGAGAGACG